GGCCCUGGACAGCAUGGCUUCCCCGCUGGAGCUGGAGCAGGACGUGCAGGGGAAAGUGGAUUCGUUUCGAGCCCGCAUCGCGCAGGAGGCCGAGGAUCUGGUGUCCACCUUCUUCCCUCAGAAGUUGUCGGAGCUGGACAGUCGGGUCCAGGAGCUGCGCCUGCAGGACCUGUCCAGGAUCCGCUCGGUGCCCGCCCUGGAGCCCGCCGCCGUGCCCGACCCCGCGGGGGACGCGCCCAACCCAGACCCGCCGCCGCCGCUGCAGCCCCAGUCCUCGCCCAAGGUGCCGGCCCUGCCCGGGGGCGAGAGACAGCUGCUGCGGAGCAACCAGCAUCUGGUGGAGCUGAUUGAGCGGGUAAAGCCCGAGAUCGAGCUGCUGAGAGAGAAGUGCAACACGGUGCGGAUGUGGGUGCAGCUGCUCAUCCCGAAGGUGGAGGACGGCGACAACUUCGGCGUGUCCAUCCAGGAGGACACCGUGGACCAGCUGUGGACCGUGGAGAGCACCGCAGCCUCCUACCUGCGUCGCUUCUCCACCUACUACAACACCAGGGCCAAGCUGGUGUCCAAGAUCGUGAAGUACCCCCAGGUGGAAGAUUACCGCCGCACGGUGGCCGAGGUGGACGAGAACGAGUAUCUGAGCGUGCGCCAGAUCCUGCUGCACGUUCGGAACCAGUACGCCACCUUGCACGACGUGAUCCUCAAAAACAUCGAGAAGAUCAAAACCCCUCGGAGCACCAACACUGACAACCUCUACUGAGGGCCUUUCUCCACCCCUCUUUCCUUCAGGAGGUGGUCCAGCUGUUUAGGCAGCCAAAAGGGGUUCUUAAUGACUCUACAGGUGACGAAGCGACUGGAAAUGUGCGUCACGUUUAAUGACAGUUUCCUACGGCUUAUCCUCACACUCAGUCCUUGUGGUGUAGCUGUUACUUGCUUUUCCUUUCCCCGAGAGGGUGAGGGUUGGGUUGGCCAAGGAGGAGGACUGCUGUUUUCCAAAGCAGUUUUGUAGAUGAAUGUUGGCCAGCGUUCUUCUGUAUGGCAUUGGUGGCAUUGGAUGGUUUCAGGGGUUACUCAAAGAAAAACCUAAAGUUCAAAAGAAAGUUAAGUGAAGUCUUUCCUGAGGUUCUGCUGUAUGUUACUUUGUUCAAACCUCAGAAAUGCUCCUUUUACCGCUGUUUGUUUUUUGCAAGGCAAGGGGUUUAAAGGGAUGUGUUUAGGUCAUUGUAUGUCUCCAGUUUGGCAGAUUGAAAUAAAACUUGGUUUUAACAUUUUAUGAUGUACUAAGUGUGCUUAUCUGAACUGUAAUCUUCAGAGGUAUAGGAUUUCUGUCCUCAUUUGGACUCAUACCCUUGAUAUUUUUCGGCUCUGAUGUGUAAGAAAAAUGAGCGUAUAAAGAGUAACAGAUCUUCAUUGUUCCAAAGAAAUGGACUGCCGUGCCUCCCUUAGAAUGAAAAGGACUCUAUGAAAACUGCUUCCUCGCACAGCUUUCUACCAUCUCUGCAUCUUCCGGUUUCCUUUCACACAGCGUAGAAUUCCUUCUGUGUAUUCAUUUAUCUCCUGCGUUCCUGCUGAAUCUUUUAAGCUAUGUAUCAUGUUUACUUUUUUUCUCCUCAGUUGAAUUUCAUCUCUCUUCCCCUUUUGUCUCUUGAGAUGUCUCUUAUGGCUUCUCAUUUGAAUUUCUGUCCCGCGUUAUAUGAAUUACUGUUUAUAUUUAAAGACUCUAAAAUAUGACUUUGAGUUUUUUCCUCCUGCUUUUGCUGCCUGGUUGAGGGGAAGCCAUUAUCUUUUCAGCCAUGAUCUAUACUGUUGAUAUUUUUCAUUUCUAGAUUCCAGUUUCAGGUACAGUGAAUUAUUGCAUUUUAUGUCACCUCAUGCAUUAGAAUGAAUUUCUUCUGAUAUGAUUAAUACUUUGUCCAUCAUGGUUUUUGUUCAGAAUUUUAAUUUUGAUAAUAAAUACACUUCAGUCAGCUUAAGUAUGUCUAUUCAGAACACCUUUUCUUAGUAUUACUGUCAUUCAAGGAUCUUCAUCACUCAGAAACACCAGGUGUGGAGGUUAUGUAAUAACACAUUUGGAAAAAGCACGAGUGUGAGUUAUUUUUGAUACCUCUUUAUAAUAGGAGUGAGAUUAUUUCUGUGCACAAUGGAUAGCUUUUUCUCUUUUUCCCAUUUAUCUAACAACUUGUGCCCUGAAUCCCUGUAAUAUUUUUGAAACUUUAUGCAUACAUAAGUAUGACCUUAAUUUUUAAAAAUAUCGUAUAGUAAUGCUUUCAUGCAAUAAAUUAUUUCUCAAAUGAGUUUUUGGUGGGAAAAUGAUGAGGGAUUAAGUUUAUUUUUUGUGAGAGAUGAAAACUUAUUUCCCAUUGAAAUUUCUUGUCUAUAUAAGAUUCUCUGAAACGAGGUGACCAUAUAAAAGAGGCCAUAUCUAUUUUAAAACUUACUUGUAAUUCUACCUUUUCCCCCUUUUUUUUUUUUUUAAAGAAUAUCUUUGUAAGGAUAUAGUUCUUGCUAUAAAUGCAGUUACCUUCUGAACUUGCUUAUGGGUAAGGUCAAAACAUGAAUAAUUUCAUCUCUUCUUUCCCCAUUUAAUGAGUGAAAUGACUUCUGAAGCAAGUGUGUUUUGGUUGCCAAGGGCGAAAACUGGCAUGAACCUUUAUGUACAGACUUGACUUUACAUGUUGUUGUAAAAACAUUUCAUAUUUAUCAGCAAGAAUUGUUUAAAAUGUAAAGCAGCGAUGUUUUCUUUUGCAUGUUUUUUUAGACAAGUUAUAUUUCCAAGUUUGAACUACACCACAUUAUUUAUGGUGGGUAGUUUUUUGUUUUUCUGAAGUGGUAGGAUACCUGUUAGGUUUUCCUGAGGUUGGCGUCAAUAUGUAUCUGUCUAGGAAGUGUCUGAUGAUUCCUGGCAUUUCUUCUUUCAUUUUCCUUAUGUGUUUCACUUGAAGGAAUGAAAAGACAUUUCUCCAUGAGGAAAGUGAGUUGGAGACAUAAAAUUCUGUUGCAGUUACCUUUGAUUUUUAAAAUUUUAUUUAUAGUUUUAUCUAGAAAAUGCACAUUGGUCCUGUUCUUACGAAAUGGAGAUGAACAUUUUUCUAUUCCAACCUGUAUAGAUUAGAAAGAUUUAUCAACUGACUUAGUAGAAACUUUAUUUCAGAAGUAAACUAGAAAAUGAUAUCCAGGCAAAAAAAGUUUAUCCUUUCACUGAACUUCUGAAAAGACUGUCUUUCCAACCUGACUUUGAGUUUUUUCCUCCUGCAGCAACAUCAACAACAAAAGAAAUGAUUGAAAAAUCUCUAUUUGCAUUUGACGGUUCCCCUAGAGAGUUCUCUAUUUUCCUUGUAAGGUGUUAUAUCCGAAUCACAAAAGUGGCAGGAACCCUACUGUCGCUUCAUACAAUUUGGCAGGCAUUUAAUGGCACACAAAUUUGUAAGGUACAGUGUUAAGGGAAGUCCACACUUGCUUAGUUUUCAAGCAUAGUUAAUCUUCUAAGGUUUAAAAUACCUCUUCCAUGCAUGAUACAACUAUCAUCUUCUGCUUGUUUCUUUUAUUCUGAAGCGGUCAGUCCUGUGCCAGACUGAAACAAAUAGUCUCUAGCACCCAGGCAUGUCUUUUACUAAGAACAUAUGCUUGUCCUUUGUAGGUAAGGGUUUUUGAUAUUUGUAUUUUCCCCCUGUUCUAAUAAUGUAUCAAACCAAAUUGAAGUUGGAAUGCUUUUUAUAAAGUCUCUUCUGCAAAAAUUAGGCCCUUUGUGAUUUUCCCUUUUUUGAGAAUGGUUGCAAAUCUCUUAAAACAAUAGACUUAUUUUAAAAGUUGGUGUAAAAACAUGGUUUCUAAUGUAUGUUAUUUGCCUAUUAUUAGUACUUACAUCUCCAUUUUUGUUCCUGUUAAAAAUACCACUGAAUUGAGAGAAUGUUCUGAUGUUUUAUUCUUUAAAAAUAGUUCUAAAAACUUACUUGGGGGUUAAAUAAUUUUAGUUUUAAAUUACUUUUGUACUUUGUGAAGGCUACUAACUCAAAUUUGAUUGGAAACUUGGAAAUUGAUAGAUGUGGCCUUUAGAAAUGAGUGAAAAAUACCUUUCUUAAAUCAUAUAAAUGAUGUAGAAAAGGCUUAAUUUUAACAUUUAAACUUUGGAGCUUAGAGGGUUUUUAAAAAAUUACUGAAUUGUUUAUAGAUUCCUGGGUUAUUAGAGGCAAAAAAUUUUAUAGUUUUUACGAAGUUUUCAUGUGUCUGCAGAAUUCUUAACCAAAUGGCCUUAACCAUUAAUAGAGAACUGUGUGACCUGUUUUAAAGUUUAAAAGAACUAUCUUAACCCUCAAUUGGAAAAAUAAUGAAGAAAUGACUUAGAACUGUCUAGGUCAAAAUUACUGAAGUGUCUGUGUGGGUUUCAUUUAUUUUAAAGAAUACAUGAGUGUUUUUAAAUCGUUGCAAAUUUAUGAUGCGUAUUUCUAUAGAGGAUAAGCAUUUGUAUUUAAACCCAAUCUUACCAAUUAUAAUUUCAUUUGAGUGAUACCCCAGAUUCAGUUAGCAAUAGAUAAACCCCCUUUCAUUCUGUUUUUCAGGGGUCCUUAUGGCUCUGUCUUUUAAGGAUGAGAAUAUUUGUCUGAGUCAGGGAUUGUAACUAGAGUGUGGAAAAUAGAGAUCUGGUAGCCAGGAGGACAUGUGCCUAGAUGAUUGGGAGAAUGUCUAGGUAUUC